UUUAAGAUGCGAUUCUUCGGCUUCUUCGUUCUCCUCGUUGCCGUUUUUGCUCCAAGCCUGGCCAUUUUUCGUUCUCCAUCUCGGGGAAUGACGUCAAUUGACGAAAACAGCGGUGACGUCAUCUGGGUUCCUAUUCCACAGGAUGGCCUGCUGGGGAACGGUGGACGACGUAAAUGUCUGUUUUGUAGAGGAGUGAGGAAAUGAGGAACAUAAUGAACAAACUUGUUGAAUAAAUUAUUUGAACAUGAGAA